AUUGCAGUUGAUUACAAUUGAGAGUCUACAAUCAUUUGUUGCCAUGAAUGCAUGAUUUAUCCCCCAAAGUGAAAUACGAUUCAUGGAAUUAGUUUAUGGGUUUUGAAAUGGGUUUUGAUGUAUGUUUUGUUGAUUUUGGUGAAGUUGCGAAAGAGAGAAUUUUAUCGAUCAUUUGCUUUAAGUUUCAAAAGUAGUAAAUACUAAAAUGUUCACAAUCAAUAUGAUAUUUUGGAGUAAAUGAUCCGAGGACAAAAUCGACCAUUUAAUCUAAAAUUAAUAAGCAAAUUAUGUAGAGUGGGGAAUUAGCUAAGCUAUAGCCUAUAGAAACAAUCCAUUCAAAUAUUGUACUAGUCGGAGAUUGGGAAAGAUGCCGUUGGGGAAAUACUACUGCGAUUAUUGUGACAAACAAUUCCAGGACACUCCGCCAUCACGGCGGCGCCACCUCAACGGCGUUGCUCACCAGAGGGCCAAAGCUCUCUGGUACGACGCCCUUCGCUCCUCCUCUCAAUCACAAUUUGAUGACUUCCAGUCCAUUAGCAAAGGCGUCUGCCAUCGCUUUGUCCGUACGGGUUCGUGCCAAUAUGGAGAGUCAUGCAAGUAUCAUCACCCCAAGAAUAAUUUGACAAAUAUGAAUGCUCAAAGAUUGGAAGGAACGACUGCUGCUAGUCAUGCUCUGUCUGGGGGUAUUCCCGAUAGUCAUUUGAACGGAGGAGCCACUCUGCCUGCUAUAUUCCUUGGCAAUCAAAUGGGAAUGUCCCUUGGAAAUCUACCUCCAUCGUUGUUGCCUCCUCCAGAAGGUGGAUACCCAUCUCUACCUUUUGUUGAUUGGGGAUAGGUGUGCCACCCUUCAUUAUACCAAGCUGUAAUUAAAUAUAAAUAUUUGUAGUGCUUAUUCUUCAAAUUUUAGCUUGUAUUUACUACCCCUAGAAGUUUCUUGUUACCUAAAAUACAUGAAUCCUCACCUUAUUAUGCCUUUUUCAUGAUACAUUCUCCUGAAUGUAUUUUUUCACA